AUGGCGAUGGAGACGGAAGAUUCACUACAUCAUGAGUUCAUGAGAGCCGCCCUGGACAUGGCCGAACUCGCCCUCAACACGGACGAAACCCCUGUCGGCUGCGUCUUCGUCCACCAAAACAAAGUCAUAGCCCGCGGUAUGAACGACACAAACAAAUCCCUCAACGGCACCCGACACGCCGAAUUCAUCGGUAUCGACACCAUCCUCGCCUUAGGCCACCCUCCAUCGAUUUUCGAGGAGAUUGAUUUGUAUGUUACGGUUGAGCCAUGCGUUAUGUGUGCUUCUGCUUUGAGGCAACUUCGGAUUCGGAGAGUGUAUUUCGGGUGUGGGAAUGACCGGUUUGGUGGGUGUGGGAGUGUUUUCAAGAUUCAUUCUGAUCCGGAUCCCGAUCCGGCGUAUCGUGUUUUUCCGGGGUUUUGGAGGGAGGAGGCGAUUAUGUUGUUGAGAAAGUUUUACGUGCAGGAGAAUGAGAAGGCGCCGGCGCCGAAGGCGAAGAGGGAGAGGGUGCUCAAAACGGAUUUUGAGGAGAUGGAUGUGGAGAGGUUUGUGUAG